CACCGUGAGUACAGCAGUGGCGCAGCUCAACAGGGUCGAACUGCAAAAGAAAUGUGAAGGCACCUCUGGCAGCUCACAUGCGGAGACUGAAAAUUAAACCCAGGACAGCGCAGACGCGUGAAAGGGUUUACCACACGCCAUCCUGCAUUACUUUUCUUAAUUUGCUCUGUUGUGCGGACCAAAGCAUGUCCUUUUUACGAAAAAGAAUAGAAAGAUAUAACCGCAAAGCAAGACGACCCGCAGAACCUAAAAAAACCCUGAAAGAAAAAACUCAUUUGGAUUCUUUAACGGGUUCUUCGGAAGAUAACGAAAAAGAACAGGAAUACGACAGUGAUCUGUCCUCGGAUUAUGAUGGAGGGCCUGCUCAUGGAUUUUACAAUCAAAUCUCUAACAUGAAAUUGAAAAAGGAAUUGACAGCAAAUAAGAUCAGACUGUUACGCGAAGCCAAGAGAUACGAUCGUAUGAUGAACCAUCUGAUGAGAGAGGUCCAAAGAUUGAAUGCACUGGUGCGUUCCUUGAUGCAAAGAAACAGCAACAUGGAUCGACCAACAAAAAGACAAAAAGCUGCCAAAAACGAGAAAAAGGAACAAAAGGUGGACUGAAUCUAUACUUAUAAUGUAGUUAACAAUUCAGAGUGAUGUAACGAUAUUUUGUUUAAGACAUUCAAGCAGAUUAAAGUUUUUUUAAAGAAUCUUUUGCGACUCAUUAUGUCCCUUUGAUUUUUAAAUUAACUCCAAACGCCUGGCGUAAUUUUCGUACAUUAAACUGCUACUGCAUUAAUGUGAGAUACGUGAUACCUUUAGAAAUAUAAUUGAAUUUACCUAAGACACCAGACAUCAUGGACCAUACUAGGAAAUAAUGUAGAU